UUUCUGCUACGGGCCCACCAUGUCGAGGUGCCCUCGGGAAGCCUCGCCGGGCUCCACCCGGGAGAAUUACCUCUUGCCGCCAGAGCCUUCUGCGGAGACGGUAACCGCGCGAGUAAAGGCAGUAGCACAGUUUCUCCGGUGGGGACUUCCGCUGUGCCAGACCCACACGGUGGAGUUUUAUACGAGGGGGCUUUGGGAGAAGUUCGUAGCUCUACCUCCCGAAACGGUGUUGGGCACGCUAAGCGGAGAGAGGCUGCAGCACCUCCUGGCAGAGCCGACUCCGCAGCGCCCCUUGGAGGAAGUCGCCGAUAGCUCUGAAUUUUACAACAUGUUCUGUAAAAAAACUCAGAGGCUGAUUAAUGUCCAGGCUUUUGCUCUAGCUGCUAAAUACUAUUCAAUGCCGAAUCUUGGAGUGUGCAUCUCCUUAGAACAGAUACUUGAAGCACUGAACAGAAAACAGCAGUCAAGUUCGAAGGUAGAAAUGAAAACAGAUAAUUUUAUGAAUAAUAAGAAGUCACAUGAAGUACAACUGAUGUCAGAUUUAGUAGAUGGCAUUGCAAAAUAUUAUGGCUUAAACCAGGUGAUUGACCUGGGUUCUGGAAAAGGUUACCUGAGCUCUUUCUUGUCAUUGCAGUAUAAUCUAAAGGUUUAUGGAAUUGAUUCUUCAAACACAAACACCCACGGAGCUAAUGAAAGGAACAGGAAAUUAAAGAAACAUUGGACAGCCUAUCAAAGACGUGCGGGAGAAAAUGUCAGAGGCCAAGCAUUGGAAGAAGCAAAGAAAAGGGCAGAACAAGAUAAAGAGAAAUGUAAAGCAAACACCAGUGAAAAGCCCUUAAGAACUAAUAACAGUCUUGAGAGCCAGGUCCGAGUGGCUGUUCCAGAUGUUGCUUUUGAAACAGCUGAACUUAGCCCAGAUCCCAAUAUAUGCAUUACUAAAAAACAAUAUGAACUCAACCCUGAGGCUCAGGUACAACUCAUUGAGAACAACAUACCAGAAAAUGUAUUUCUAAAUAUUCUGCCUGCUGAUGCUGUAGAAAUGGAUUGUUCACCCAGAAGAAAUUGUAGAGAGCUCUGUGAAGAAGAGAAAGAACAAAGGAAGGUGGCUUCUUUGAAAGCCAAAGCCAGCCGGUCAAAAGAAGCCAACAUAUAUUCUCCAUUGACAUCGUUCAUUACUGCAGAAACAGAGUUACGCGAUAUUGUUGGAGAUCUGGAGGACUGUGUAAUUGUGGGUCUGCAUACCUGUGGUGAUCUAGCUCCAAGCACACUGAGACUUUUUAAUGCUGUACCUGAAAUCAAGGCCGUUUGCAGUGUGGGUUGCUGCUACCAUUUGCUUUCAGAGGAACAUGAAAUGCAUGAAGAAGGGACUCGGGGAAUAUGGGGUUUCCCUUUGAGCCGCUAUUUAAAAGAAGAGGGAUGGUUCUGUGGUCGUAAUGCUAGAAUGGCUGCCUGUUUGGCUCUGGAACGAGUUGCAGUUGGUCAGGUGCUGCCCACAGAAUCUUUGUUUUAUCGAGCUGUCCUGCAGGUUAUUGUAGAAGAAUGUUACGGCAUCAAGAGAAGCGAUCGUAAUAUUGGAAAAGUAUAUUCUAAAUCAUCUUCCUUUUUGGAUUAUGUUAGAACUUCUUUGAAAAAGCUUGAACUAGAUGAAUCGAAGAUUUCAGAUAGCCUUGCACUGGAAUACCUUGAAAAAUACAAGCACAGGAUGAAUGAACUGGAAGCUUUUAAUAUGCUGAAAGUUGUUCUAGGACCUUGCAUAGAAGUGUUGAUACUUCUAGAUCGUCUCUGCUAUCUCAAAGAACAGGACAACGUUGCCUGGUCUGGACUGGUAAAGUUAUUUGAUGCGAUAAAAUCCCCCAGAUGCUAUGCAGUUGUGGCUUUGAAGAAAUAAGACUUUUCAGUACAAGAUAUUACUAGAUAAAUUAAAAUUUGGAACUAAUGUUGUAAACCUGUUUUGGUUUUUAACAAUUAUCUUAUGUGAUUAAGCAUUCCAUUAUUUGUGUAUUUUUAUUGCUAAUAUAUUUAUAUAUUAUGACAAAUGAAGUAUAAAAAUAAAGUUAAUCCUUUCA